CCGCCAAGCCUGAGGUAAAUCCCGCUGCUCCUCCCGCUUCUCUUCUCCCUUUAGGGCGUUCCCCCACUUCCCUGAGGCGGCGCCAUUUUGUCCCUCCCUCAGCGCGGCCGCCUCAAACCACCUCAGGAGCCUCCGCCCGAGGGCCUAGGGGAGGGUCUGGAGGCGCCUCCCGGCCCUCCCCUUCCCCCUGGGCGUUUAUCCCGGCUCUCCCCUCCUCCCUCCUGAGUCUCUUCCCAGCCCUCCUCUUCGGAGGAGGAGUAGGAGGCGGGUGGGAAAAUGGCGGCGGCCGCGGGUCCGGCGCAGCCCUGGAGCGCGGAGGAGCUGCGGAGCGAGGCGCUGGCCAAGAAGGAGAUCAUCAAAUUCCUGCAGGAGCACGCGGCGCAGGCGUUCCUGGCGGAGCACAAGCUGCUGGGGCAGGUGAAGAACGUGGCGAAGACGGCGAAUAAGGAGCAGCUCAUCGCGGCUUACACGCAGCUUUUCCACACGCAGCGGUUCAAGGGCACGGACGGCGCGGAGAAGGCGGCGGAGAAGGCGAAGCCGGCCAAGGCGGAGGAGGCCAAGGGGAAGGCGGUGAAGGCUGAGGAGGCUGUGGAGGAGGGGCCACCAAAGUAUACAAAAUCCAUUUUAAAGAAGGGCGAUAAAACCAACUUCCCGAAGAAAGGAGACACUGUGCACUGCUGGUACACGGGAAAGCUGCAGGACGGGACCGUCUUCGAUACCAAUAUUCAAUCAAGCUCAAAGAAGAAAAAAGCAGCCAAGCCCUUGAGUUUCAAGGUUGGCGUAGGAAAAGUGAUCCGAGGUUGGGAUGAAGCCCUGCUGACCAUGAGCAAAGGAGAGAAGGCCCAGCUGGAAAUCGAGCCCGAGUGGGCCUACGGGAAGAAGGGGCAGCCCGAUGCCAAGAUUCCCCCGAACGCAAAGCUCUUCUUUGAAGUGGAGCUGGUGGACAUCGAGUGAGGAGUGAAUUCCCCUUGCUGCUGGAACCCAGGGACUGGUGUUGGGGAUCCAGUUCCAGCCUGGCCCUGUGGAAAGGGAGCGCUGUCCCUGCCCCUCUGUACAGUGACACCACUAAACCAGUUUGUACCCUC